AUCUUUUAAAACUUCAGAAAAUUCUUCUUUUGACUAAAUGAGCUUACAUUUUGAUUAAAAGAUUAGAAUUGUUAAAGGAUAGAGUAUAUAUGUCAGUACAUGAUAUGAUACAAAAUGCCAAAUAGUACCUCACAUCUCGAAGAAAGUGGAGUUUGGUGUGGAGAAGAAGACAGUGGAGGCGAAUUCAAUGAAAUUGGUACCGGACAAAGAUCUUCUUCAAAGAUUAAAAAUGUUUUGAACAAGCACAGUGGAGGAUCUGUCGACGCUUCGGAAGAUGUACAAAUAGUAGACGUAAAAGAAAUUGAACCGACACAAAAAUACCGAUCAAGAAGCAAUUCCCAUCAAAAAUUCAAAAGAAGUUUUAAAAGAAAAUCCUCUAAACGAGGAACGAACGAUUCUGUCAAAAUACCAGUUCUUUCAAGAAAACGAAGAUCGUCAUCAUUUUCAAAAGUCUUCAACUACAAUCGCAGGGCUGAAAUUACCGGUCGAGGGUCAUCUUUUGGAAUUAAAAGAAUGCCGAGGGCAAAUGCAAUUGAAGUCGAUGAUGAUGACGUGAUGUGGCCAGAUCCUGGAAUGUUUAAAUCAAGCAGUUCCCAGAAGUCAUCGCAUGCAAAUGCAAGACGAACUAGAUCUUCAACAACAACCUGUUUAACAUCGGCGACUACAAAAAGUAGCGCAGGUUCAACCAUCAAUGAUUCAACACUUCUGAGAAGAGCUUAUAACUUUCCUGGUAAAACGAAAAUGUACGAUCGAGAACACUCCACUGCAAAUAACACAUUUUCUCGAUCUAUCACGUCACGACCAUCGCUUGCGUCAUCAGUAAUUAGAGAAUCAGAACUCUAUCCUCGAGGAUACAAUAGAUCAUCCGUAUUUUAUUCGGAAGACAAGACUUCAUACGAUUUUGAUGCGAGCCCAACCAUCGAAAAGCAAGACAUUGUAAAGGGAGAUGAUAUAGAAAAAAUGGUUGAAAGCAUUAACAUGCGAAACUUUGAAGAAAACGACGAGGAACGAACACCUAAAACAAUCAGAAUCAAGUGGCUGAUUCGACGGCUUAACUGUCUGUAUAUUACAACUAUAUUCUUCGUCGUCAUCUGCUUACUACUUCUUGGUCUAACAAUCUGGCUUAUUCAAGACGGCAAUAAUUUGAGAUUGAGUCUACACGAAUUAAAUGUGUUAAUACGCCAAAGUAGCAACCAAUUUAUAGUUGAUCCAUCGCCAAAUACCAUUGCGAAGUAUUCGUCGGUGAAUGAUAAUAUGACGGAAAUCGUUUAACUCUAGAUUAUUCAUAACAAAAGUCAUAGAUAUUUUAGUGAUUUUUAUUUCCUUUUUUUAAGUCAAAAGUUUGACAAAGAUUGAUUUGUACAGUGCGUAGUUUAUUUGCGAAUAUAUAUUUCAGGAACGCAAAAUUUAUUUCAAGAAAUGUAAUGAUAGAAUGUAACGCAUUUAGAAAAAACUGUUAAGUUUAUAAUUUUUUACCUAACAGUACCACAAUCAACAUUAUAUCGUUUUUAUUUCAUAUUUAUUUUGGGAAUUUGUGAUAGAGAAGUGCAUGAGCUGCGUAAUUGAUGAUAUCCCUGUAACGAUUAUCCCAAGUUUUGUGAUUAACGUUAAUGUGUAACGAACGAAGAAGGCAAAGAUGUAGCACCAGGAGAGAAAAAUUUAUGAAAUGCGGUUUCAUACAGGAACAGAAAAACCCCUAGAAUAUGACGAUACAGUAUGAGUUAAAACUUUAGUUGAUUAACUAUCAUGAGCCACGUUUUAAUUGAACACGAAGUGGACCUAUGAAUCGUUUUGGUAUUGCACAAGAAGUGUACAUAUGGAUAGUUAUGUUAUUAUGGUAUUUUUUAUCAUGUUGUUAGUUUAGUUUUCUUUUUUUCUCCUUCUUGUUGGAAAAAAGACCUGCUUUUUUAUUAACUACUGGACCAAUUGCUUUGAAAUUGUCAGUGAUUAAAAAAUUACAUUAAAAUUUUAUUUGUUAUUUGUUUUUCACUUCUACAUUUCGUGUGAUGACCUCAAAAUCAAUAAACAUUAUUUGUAGCGGUUCGUUGA